GCCUCCGGAGUAGCUGGGACUACAGAUAGCGCUAGAAUUCUACUGUCAUGAGUAGGCUGCAUUUAAUAAUCUUUAAGGUCUUUCCAAGUGCUGAAAUUUCUGAUUCUGCAAGACUUGUCCUUGUUGUGUCAGUAUUGACUUCCUUUUUCCAAUAAAACAGUCAAACAGUUGUUUAGAGUGUACCUGUGGCUUAUGAAAACCAAAGACAACAAGAAGUUAGAGGACAGUGUAAUUCUUAUAAGACACAUAAUGUUAUUUAACAAUUAUUAAAAGCAUUUAAUUUUAUAAGCAUAACAUUCUCAUGCAUUUAAAGCAACAUAAUGAGAAAAUACCAAUUCCACUGAAGCUCAUUAUGAGAACAUUUUCAGAGUUCAUGCUAUGGACUUGAUAUAGAUUAAAUUCUUAUGAGCUUCUCUCCAGUACUUCUAGGCAUAACAGUCUUUGCCUAGACUGCUUUACUAAAGAGCAGGUCAGGUUAUGAAAAAUGUAGAUUUUCCAAUGAGCUUUACUUCUAAUGUAAAUCAUAGAUCACCAAUAAAUGAUUGCAAAGAAAUACAUCCAUUUUACAUCCAGAAAAUUCCCAAGAAUUCAGAAUGUCUACUUUGUAUUGGUGGUUUUCUCUGGAGUUGCAAACACUGAGACUGAAAUCAGUUUCGAAAACCAUGCUUCAAAUAUUCAUUUCAAUUUGCUUUUGUGGCAGUUUUCGUCAAACAACCUGCUUGGAGGUAAUCUAUUUGCAGAGCCUAGGUGGGGCAAAACCCACCACAUUACAUAAUUCACUGAGCAGGUUUUGGCUCCCACUUCACCAAUCCGUCUUAAAUAGUGGCUAGUGCCCUGCAUCUAGCAAUACAUAUGAUCAAGCAAUUUAGCACAGAAAGAGAAAGGCCCCACAACUUGGCAUCCCCGUGGACAUUUAUCUUUGAGAAAAUCAAAUGGAUCCAACUUUUUGCCAGAGUUUAAUAGCAAAGCUGUCACAUUUUACACAAAUAAGUAUCCAGUCCGCCGGCGAAUGGAAAGAGGGGACAGGGAGGAGGCGACCAGAGGAGGUGGGACAGCUGACUGGACUGUUUUCAAAGUGGCUCCCGUUUUUAGGGGAGGGGCUGGGAUGCUCCACAUGGCUGGAGAGACGAAGUAGUUAAAAAUUAUUGCUGGCGAGGGGCUGGAACCUCGGGACGUGGGUAUAUAAGACGGUGCCUGAGCGCAGAGCGGCGGCUGCUGCUGUGAUCCAGGACCAGGGCGCACCGGCUCAUCCUCUCACUUGUCAGAGGCCGGGGAGAGAAGCAAAGCGCAACGGUGCGGUCCAAGCCGGGGCUCCUGCUUCGCCUCUGGGACACACAGUGGACUCCCUAACUUCAAUCCCCAAACGCGCACCCGCGAAGUCCUGGGCUCCAGCCGGCACAUUCAGGCGCUGCACAGGCGCGGCCGGCGGCAGGUUCCGGCCAAAGGCUAUGCGCGCAGGGGUUCGGGCAGCUGGGCUCCGGCUGCGGGAGUAGGGCCCAGCAGGGAGGCAGGGAGGCUGCGGAGUCAGAGCCACGGGCUGCGCCCUAGGCAGAGGCCGCCCUCGCUCCACGCAACACCUGCUGCUGCCUCCGCGCCGCGAUGAGCCGCGUGGUCUCGCUGUUGCUGGGCGCCGCGCUGCUCUGCGGCCACGGAGCCUUCUGCCGCCGGGUGGUCAGCGGCCAAAAGGUGUGUUUUGCUGACCUCAAGCAUCCCUGCUACAAAAUGGCCUACUUCCAUGAACUGUCCAGCCGAGUGAGCUUUCAGGAGGCGCGCAUGGCUUGUGAGAGUGAGGGAGGAGUCCUCCUCAGCCUUGAGAAUGAAGCAGAACAGAAGUUAAUAGAGAGCAUGUUGCAAAAUUUGACAAAACCUGGAACAGGGAUUUCUGAUGGCGAUUUCUGGAUAGGGCUUUGGAGGAAUGGAAAUGGGCAAACUUCUGGUGCCUGCCCAGAUCUCUACCAGUGGUCUGAUGGAAGCAGUUCCCAGUACCGAAACUGGUACGCAGAUGAACCUUCCUGUGGAAGUGAAAAGUGUGUUGUGAUGUAUCACCAACCAACUGCCAAUCCUGGCCUUGGGGGUCCCUACCUUUACCAGUGGAAUGAUGACAGGUGCAACAUGAAGCACAAUUAUAUUUGCAAGUAUGAACCAGAGAUUAAUCCAACAGCGCCUGUAGAAAAGCCUUAUCUUACAAAUCAACCAGGAGACACCCAUCAAAAUGUGGUUGUUACUGAAGCAGGUAUAAUUCCCAAUCUAAUUUAUGUUGUUAUACCAACAAUACCGCUGCUCUUACUGAUACUGGUUGCUUUUGGAACCUGUUGUUUCCAGAUGCUACAUAAAAGUAAAGGAAGAACAAAAACUAGUCCAAACCAGUCUACACUGUGGAUUUCAAAGAGCACCAGAAAAGAAAGUGGCAUGGAAGUAUAAUAACUCAUUGACUUGGUUCCAGAGUUUUAUAAUUCGGGAUCUGUAUAAGGAAUGGCAUCAGAACAUUAGCUUGGAAUGGCUUGAAAUCACAAAGGAUCUGCAAGACGAACUGUAAGCUCCCCCCUCGAGGCAAAUAUUAUAGUAAUUUUUUAUAUGUUUAUUAUUUCACUUACAAAAUAUGCUGUGCUAAUGAUGGAGUGAGACAUGCUUAUUUUGCUAAAGGAUGCACCCAAACAUCAAGCAAAUGAAAUGGACAAUGCAGAUCAAGUUACUAUCAACACAUUGGGAUUACGUGUGUUAGAAGCAAUUAUUUUUAUUUCUUUCACCUUUCAUAAGUUGUAAUCUAGUUAAUGUAAUGUAUAUUGUAUUGAAAUUUACAGUGUGCAAAAAUAUUUUACCUUUGCAUAAGUGUUUGAUAAAAUUUAACUGUUCUAAUAUUUAUUUUUAUGGCAUCUCAUUUUUCAAUACAUGCUGUUUUGAUUAAAUAAAUUUAUUACUGUUAUCAGUGAAAUUCACACAGACACAAAUAGUACCAUGGAAAAAGUUUGUUUUCUAGAAAUGAUUCAUCUUUCAGUUUCUCUGCUUUUGGUCAAAAUUCUAAGAAAUCUCUUCAGAAAUAAGAAGCUAUUUCAUUAAGUGUGAUAUAAACCUCCUCAAACAUUUUACUUAGAGGCAAGGAUUGUCUGAUUUCAAUUGUGCAAGACACGUGCCUUAUAAUUAUUUUUAGUUUAAAAUUCAACAGAUUUUGUAAUAAUGUAACUUUGUUAAUAGAUGCAUAAACAAUAAUGCAGUCAAUUUGAACAAAAGUGGCAUACACAAUAUAAAUCAUAUGUCUUCACACGUUGCCUAUACAAUGACAAGCAGCUCUCUGAGGGUUCUGGAAUCAGUGUGGUCCCUCUCUUGCUCACUAAACAAAGAUGGUUGUUUGGGGUUUGGGAUUGACACUUGAGACAGAUAGUUGCCGAGUUUAUCUAAGUUUCCCUUGCUGCAUUUAGCCUCUAACUAUAUUAGUAUACAAAGAGGUCUUGUGGUUGAGACCAGGUGAAUAGUCACCAUCAGUGUGGAGAUAAGCACAGCACACAGACAUUUCAGGAAGGAAAGGAGCCAUAAAAUUGUGUGAAAAUGGAUUGGAACCCAUCAAUGAUCACAUAUUCAUUGAUGAGAGUUUGCUUGAGAUAGAAAACGGUGGGUCCUUUCUGUCUUAUCUCCUAGUUUCUUCAAUGCUUAUACCUUGGUCUUCUCAAGAGAGUGUUGUAACUGUCUGGUCUUCAUAUGUCCCUGUGCUCCUUUUAACCAAAUAAAGAGUUCUUGUUUCUGAAGAAUGA